CAAGAAUCAGAUACGUGAUAGAGGGCUAGGAUCAAGUUAGGUCUGGAGAUUUUUGAUCUAAACUGAAGGGCAGAGCCACAUUUCUUCCCUUUCCAAGAUUCCUAAAUCCUUAAAAAGCUAAAUUCCAUAUUUCCUUAAAUUUUUGGCUGCCAUUGUUGUCUGGAGAAGAUCCAUUCCUUGUUGUCCAUCAUGGUCCGUUGAAGCUUCAUUCUGGAAGCUAUAACCAGAAGCUAAGCCCUGUUACACAGGCUGCUUCUCUACUCCAUCGUCGCCCUCUACAUCUCUGCUGUUCCGCGGACAGGUGUUGGAUUCCUUCACAGAAGCUAACCUCGUCUACUUCUUAUUCCACGGACUGGCAAAAAGAAAAAACAGCAGCAGCUUGUGCCUUGUAGACUUGUAUUGUUCCCUUCCCCUUACAGACGCAACACUAUAUUCAGUUGAAGCAAAAAGAAACAUGUGGUAGAGUUGGGUUCUCCCUGUUUGUUCGUCUUUAUUUCAAUUCUUUUAUUGUGAAACAACAAUUUCUUCAAUCCCACUCAAAACCGUUUCUUCUCUCUUCAUAUUUAUCUGCAUAUUCUUCUCCCAUGGCAAAUUGUGACAACAAUCCGUUCAAAGUGGAAAAUGAUGAUCUGGUUUAGUUAAUUUUGAAAAUAAUUUUUGGGUUUCCUUUUGGUUUGCUGGUGAAAAAAAUGGCUUCUGUUGGCAAUGUCUUUGAUGAGAAUAUUGAGACUUCCACAGUAUCAAAUUUGAUCUCGUCAUUGAAGUCAGCGUUUCAAAGUUCAUAUUUUUCUGAAGUGGAAUCAGUUUUGGUUACUAGAGAACAGAAAUUAAAACAUGAAAUUGAAGUGAAGGCGAAAGAGAAUGAGCAGCUUAAGAAAAAGAAUGAAUUGUUUCAGUUGGAAAGAUUAGAGAAAUUAAGGGUCGAGAAUGAACUUAAGAGGUGCGUGAGAGAGUGCCUUAAGCUAAGAGAGUUGAAUUCUAGACUAACUGAGGAGCUAAAUGAGUUGAAUGAUAGAUUACAAGGUGCUGCACUGGAUAAGCAGGCUAUCAUUGAGCUUAAGCGAAAGAAUUGUGAAUUAGAAUGUUCAAGAUUGAAAGCUGAGACUGAGUCAGACGUUUAUAAAAGGAAAUUUGAAGAAUUAGAGCUGCGAGUUUCCAGUUUGGAGAAGGAUACAGUGUUGUUGAUGAGUUUGGACCUAUCGCCUUCCACAAUUGCUAGGGUUUCCAGGGAGUUUUUGGGAGAGAAGGCUGUUGGUGAAAAUGAAAAAAGUUGUGACAAGCUUGAUAAUGUGCAAAUUCAAGUGGGUGUGAUCGAAAAUGUGCCUUGGAAGGCAGAUGGCAAUCCUAGUUGUCUUGUACCAGAAGAUGGAGGUGGGAAUUUGAAAAUUACUGGUGCUACGUGUAUCUCACCGGAGAAUAUGGAUGCUGGUACGGAUGCUGCAGAUAAUGUUUGCUUGUCAUACGGAGUGACAGAAGAGAAAAGGAUGAGUGAAAAUGAAGAGGUUGAAAGUAAAACAAAUAGUGGGUGUAUAAGUGAAAAGCAUGUUGAUUUGGUGCCAAAAGGUCCUGGAUAUUGCCAUCGGCCAGAUGAGAAUGGAACAGGCAGUGGGAAACCUAAUAAAGCGGAGAUUGUUCAGAUUAUUGAUAGUGAUGAUGACUCUUGUCCAUGUGAAAUUUUGGGUACAGAAGAGAUGGCUACCACAAAACAUUCAGGGCAAGCAGUUGCUGAAAAUGGGACUGGAACUGGAGUGCUCAAAAGAAAAUGGGCUUCAAGUGUCAACAAAGGAGAGAGUGGCAAUGAGGAGAAAGAUAAUGCUCAAGAUGCUGAUGACAGUUGUACAACUGGUAAACAUAACAUUACAAAACUUCAAAAGAUUAUCUGUAUGUGUAAUAGUUCUCCUGCCAAGAAUUGUUCAGCAGCAGCCAUGUCUUAUGAAACUAAUAACAGUGGAAGAGAAUUUACUCCAUCAAAGCCAGCUUUUUUGCUACAGUUUGAAAAGAAAAUGGGGGCAGAUAAUAAAUCUCAAAAUCAAAAGGGUGACCCUUUUAUGGAUGGGUCUGACAGUUCAAGUUCCUCUGACUCAGAAUAUGAAUGGGAUUUAUCAGUGGAUUUUUCUAGAAUGAAUAAGAGUUGGCAACGAGGGCAAGGAAAUGGAGCUAAUAAAAGGUGGGAGCUUGAAGCAGACAUGAUUGCCACAUUUGAGAAAGAUGGAGAACUUUGCAUGGAGGCUGUCUGUGCUCUGUACAGGCAGCAAACCUCUGUGAGGAAAUCAAUUUGUGGCUCUUCAAGUUCUGAAAAUCGAGGUUUUAACAAGUUAGCUGCAACCAGUUGCAUUGGAGAUGUUUCUAUCGAGUUUCAUGUACAAAAGGUGCUGUUUGAUUCGCUGCAAGCCAUGAUCCAGCGUUGCAGAAACUCUUGGUUCUUGGAGAUAAGUUUUGAUGGCUUAAUGUGGUGACAAGGGUGGAAACUAUGUAGGUGUUCAGCAUUAUGACUUUGUAGCCAAGUGGCCCAGUUUGGAAAAUCUUGUCCUCAUUGCGGAAAUCUUUAAGUAAUAGUUCUCACUUGGGUUUCCAAAUUGGAUCCUCUCAUCUAGCCAAAGAAUAGAUUUCAAUCAUUCAAAGAUCUUUUACUGUCAAAUGUCCUUCAAUGCCAUCCUGAACAUGUGAUGUAUGUAGAUCUUGUCUUCUGGAGAAACUGUGUGCAAGGCAAGCAAAAUAACCUCUGGGCCAUGCGGAAAUGGGUGAAAAGAUGCAUCCAGAAGGAGGAACAGAGGAGGAAGGUUCAUGUGCUCAUGCCUUUCUAUUUUUGUCUUAGAGGUUCUCAAGUGCCAUUCAUACCUCAUGCUGGGAAUAACUGAAACAUCGCUGUUGAUUAUCUUGUUUCUACAUUCUAAUAGGCCUUCUUUGGGAAAUUCUGGCUCAUGCAUUGAUAGUUGCAAGUAGAAUGCCAGUUUUUGCCUUGAAUAAAGACUGCUCACUACAUCUUUUCCCUAUAAAUUCAGUUUGCGACCACAAUAAA